GUGAAACUGAAGUUUUCGAAAAAAAAAAGAAGAGAGCUAGCCAUGAAAAGUAAUGAGCCUCGUUCAAGCUCUUCUUGUGCAGCUUGUAAGUUCUUGAAGAGAAGGUGCACUCCCAAUUGCCAGUUUGCACCAUAUUUCCGAUCGGACGAGCCUAAGAAGUUUGCCAACGUCCACAAGGUGUUUGGAGCAAGCAACGUGAUCAAGAUCCUGAAUGAAGUGCCACAGGACCAGCGAGAAGACACUGUCAACUCGCUGGUCUACGAGGCUGAGGUAAGGCUCAGGGACCCGGUUUACGGUUGCAUUGGAGCCAUAGCGUCUUUGCAACGGAAGAUGGUGGAGCUUCAACAUGAUCUGAUGGUUACUAGAGCACAUCUUGCUUACUAUGAAGCCAAGCCAAGCAGCACAGCUUCUAAUUGUUCAUUCUUGGAUUAUGAUCCUCUCAAUGAUAAUAUCAAUACGCCUUCUGUUUUUGUGGACACUUCGGUGGUGUCUGGUGGAUUCUUGGAUAGCUUCAGCCAGAAUUCCUUUGCCAUGGACCAAAGUGGAUCCACCAAUGAAUUUGGCCAAUUCCCAUUUCCAUGAUCACUUCUCUUUUUCAUGUACGUUUACGCAUUUCCUAGUAUAUAUAUAUAUAUAUAUAUAUAUAUAUAUAUAUAUAUAUAUAUAUAUAUAUAUAUAUAAGAGGAAGAGCGGCUCAUUAAAGGUAAAUUUCUUCCUUUUUGUACAUUGUUAAUGAAGGAUUUGCCUAGUAAAUGAAAGACUAAUUUAUGA